AUGCCAUCGGCCUCAUUCUCGAGCGGUGGCACUGCGACGCACCUGGCUGCGCCUUCGGAUGCGAUCCACUACGAACAGCUCCGCAUCGGCCAGAUCUGCUCCAUCCUCAUCCGAAACCUCACCCUUCGCCCUAAUCGCGACCGCGCACUCCGGUCCCUGGCCAACCUUACCUCGCAGCCCGGACACCUCGCCAGCAAUGCCACCACCAGCGCCGAUGAUGCCGACCUCGCCCUGCGCAUCGGCAGGUCUAACAGCAAGGGCAAGGCUAGGGCGAAGGCCAUCCGCAGGAGGAGCUCAAGCUGGUCCCGCGACGACAACACAGCAGGCGGCAGCGACCACGAAGAGACCGUCACCAGGCAUCGCCGCUCGACCUCGAGCAACGACCGGCGCGGCGCAUCCACGGAUGGACAUGCCGCAUCCCAUCUCGCGAGCCGGCCGCGGCGGACCAGCGAAGAGCUAUCGACCGCCAGCCAACCUCCCCGGCCCAUACUCAAGACGUCCCACAGCAGCAAGGACAACCAUGGCGCUGCCUUCAGCUACUUCUCCGACCUUUCACCCUCUGCCUCUUCAUCCUUUCCAUUCGGCGAGAUGGGAUCCGAUCUUUUAUCCCGCUCCGACUCUCGCAGCUCCUCCAAGUCCUCGGCCACCUUGAUGCGCAGGCCAGGGACCAGGCCACGCACGACCAGCGGAACGUCGACCCUGAGCGUACGAAGCGUGCGCUUCGAGGAGCAGAAUGUCCACUCGACCCUGAUUCGCAGGCCCAGCACCCCCGGUGGCAGCCGCUUCACUAUGGGCAGCUCCUCGCGCUUUCUUGGCGGUGACAAGGCCCUGGAUCAGAUCAUGGACGAGCGGCUACUUGGCUGCUGCGUCGAGCUGUGCGAUCCAUGGAGCGCGCAGGACGCAGUAGAGCUCAAGGACGGCAGUCGGGGACCAGCCGCCUUCUUCACCGCCGAGAGCUUGCGCGGAGGUCUGCACCACUCCUGGGGCUCGCUACGGGGGGAUCCGCUCUGCCCCACGCGCGACUUUCACUUUCCCCAAUCCGCGACAUCGGGAUCCUCCCCGGGCCCCGCAACAAGCUGCCUGCGGGCCAGAGUCUGGGCCAAAAGGGAGACGUCGCCGCCAGAUGCGAAAAGGAGCCUGGACACCAAGCUCGACUGGAAGCUGAUCAGCUCUCGGGACGUAGACCUGCGAGAGCUGCAAAGGCUCGACGGCGACUUGACCGAUCCUCGGCUGGUCACGUCUCCCAACAUGAUGGUGCUCGGCCUGAUGUCGAGUCUUGCAGCCCAGAGCGAGGGCGAUGCUGACGACGGAGGUGCGGCGACCAGAGCUGACGCUGAUCCCGCCGCCGUCGCAGCGCAGCUCGCCGGCAAACACAACGAUGCCUCCCAGUCGCAGCCCUCGCGCGCACGGCGGCUUCUCGAACAAGUCGUCUACUUUGCAGUACCCCUGGAUGGUGCCGUGGGCAAGUCGACCGCCAGCCGAGCAACUUUGAGAACCACGUCCGGCAUGGCGGCCUCGCAAUUCGAUCAGCGCCCGGCGACGGAUGGAUUCGCGUCGGAUCCUGAAGCCCCCAGCUUUGAUGUCAGCAAGACGCAUGCAGCCACCGACGAGGCACGGCGGGUACCGGCCCGCGACCGGCGGAGCAUCUUCAAGUCCGAGGAAAAGCUCGCAAUCGAGAGGAGUCUGCGCGAGACGCGGAUGAUGCCGAGCUACACGCUCGACGAUGCUCGGGCGCUCCUCGCAAAGCAAGCGGAGCUCGCCGAGCUCAAGGCACAGACCUCUCAGACCCGCAAGAGUCUCGAUGACGUCCUCGGCGACCCGCAGGGCAGGAUCAACCUGCGCCUGCAGCACGGCGAAGUCUCCGAGAGGCUGCGGCGUUUGAUCGAGGAGCGUGACCGCGAGCGCCGGGACCUCGCGGAGCGCGAGGAAAAGCUGCUGCAGCGACGCAACGACCUGCAGAUGCGGAGGCAGAGGCUCAAAGAGGCGGCCGCGGCAUUGGACGAAGAAAGAAGAGCGGCCGAUCGCCUCACCACGAGCAACGCCAAGCUGAGGAGGCGGACCGAGGCGCUGUCGCUCCGCAUCCACCAGCGGCAGGCGAAGCUGCUGCGAAGCCUCGAGGACAUUUACCCCAUCGACCUGGUCGACGGCUCCGCGCUGCUCUUCUCGAUCGCAGGCAUCCCGCUGCCCAAUGGCGUGUCGAGCUGCUCGAGCUCGGAGCUCGAGGCGCAGGACAAGGCUUUGAAGGCGCUGAUCAAGGCCAGGAACAAAGCCGAUGAGGGCGAAUCGUCUGAGGGCUCGCGGAAGCUCAUCUACCAUCCGCUCGACGACGACACAAUCAGCACCGCGCUAGGCCUGGUGGCGCAGCUGAUGACGCUGCUCAGCACCUACCUGGGCACGCCGGUCCACUACCCGAUGGCCACGGCGGGGAGCCGCGCCGUGGUGCAGGACGGCAUCAGCAUCAUGAGCGGGCCGCGGGCGUUUCCGCUCUACUCGAAGGGCGUGGAGCGCUACCGGUACGAGUACGCCGCGUUCCUGCUCAACAAGGACAUUGAGCAGAUGAUGAACGUACACAACGUCACGGUGCUCGAUAUCCGCCACACGCUGCCCAACCUCAAGAACCUGAUUGUCACCGUCUCGGCCGCGCCGCCGGCGAGCUCGUCGACGCGCAGGCGGCACGUCGGCCGCAACGAGAUCUCGCUCAUCUCGACGCCGUCAAAGCCGUCGCCGCUGGCCGACGGUGGUGACGGUGUGGUCGGUGGCGCUGCGGCCGAGCGCAGAGAUGCCGUUGCACAGCUCGGUCUGGGCCGGCCGCUGCAGGUGGGAUCGACGGCGGUAUCGAAUGGCGUCGCUGGAGCUGAGGCAAAGAAGGCCGGCAGCAACGGAGUCGCAGCGCCCAACGGCGGCGAAGUCGCGCCGACGACGGCCGCAGCCGCCACCGCCACCGCCCCCGCCGUCAAGGGCGAGGCGCUCAAGACUACGAGGGUGCUGGGCCCGACCAAGGCGGCGCCUGCCACGGGCGACUCGGCCAUCGAGAGCAUCACCAAGGCGCUCAGCUUUUUCGGCUCGAGGCAGUCGUGA